AUGUCCGAAAUAUUAUUGAAGGAAAUGGAUAGUAUUUUGACAGGUGUAGUGAAGCCAGAGGUGUGCAGCGAUGCCCCUCGGAGCUUCUUGCUUGUGGACGAACAAGAAAACCUGCAGGUCCACGAUGAGGCUGAGUUUGUGGAAAAACUUGGCUGCGCAGAUGUUGCAGGUGUCAAGGUCCUGUCCAUCUUUGGCAACACCGGCGACGGCAAGUCCCAUACGCUUAACCACAUCCUGUUUAGCGGCGAGAGUGUAUUCUACACCUCCAAGUCUCCAAGCUCCUGCACGGUUGGGGUGUGGGCUGCCUACAAUCCCGCUCUCAGCCUUGUCGCCCUGGAUACAGAAGGCCUGUUGGGAGCAGCAGCCAACCAAAACCAGAGAAUGCGACUGUUGCUGAAGGUUUUGGCAGUGUCUGACAUAGUCAUCUAUCGCACACGAGCAGAGCGCCUUCACAACGACAUGUUCCACUUCCUGAGCAGUGCCUCAGUGGCCUACCUGAAGCAUUUCAGCCAGGAGCUGAGGGCCUUGUCCACCCGCUGUGGCCUGGACGUGCCCCUGUCCUCCCUUGGACCGGCUGUCAUUGUCUUUCAAGAGACAACGCACACUCAACUUCUGGGCCAUGACUCCGGUCAAUCCGACAUGCAGCUCCAGAAGCGUUUCCAUGACCUUGGUCUGGGGACUGAGGCCUUUAGCUCAGUGCAGUACGUAGGCACUCAGACCAUCACCCCCCCGACAGACUACAACAGGCUGCUGGACGCCGUCAGGCAGCAAGUGAGGAACACUCACACUCGCUCCCCCCGCCAGCCCGGGAUAGUAUUUCAUGCUCUGGAGGCUCUAAGUGAGCGUUUCUGCGGGGAACUGUCAGACGACAAGAUGACGCUGUACUCCUUCUUUCCAGACGAGUACUUCACUUGUUCCUCCGUCUGCCUUAGCUGCAACCUGGGCUCCAACAAGGUUAGGGCGAGUACUAAUAGUGGUGAAAAAAGGAAGAAGGCAAUGCUUUCCUUGGAAUUAAAGCAAGAAAUCAUAAAAAAGCAUGAGCGCGGUGUGCGCGUGAGUGAUCUGGCUAAAGAAUAUGGCCGGAACAUGUCUACGAUCUCGACGAUAAUUAAGCAAAAGGAAGCCAUCAAAGCGGUCAGACCAUCCAAGGGGAUCACCAUCAUCUCUAAACGUCGCAGCCCUACCCUGGAUGACAUGGAGCGCCUUUUGCUUAUAUGGAUAAAGGACAAGGAAAUUGCUGGCGAUACGAUCACGGAAACGAUCAUAUGUGAUAAGGCCAGCACCAUCUUUUGCGACUUGAAGGCCUCGGGCUCCGGGGUUGAUGCGGGGAAAAGUUCAACCGAUCCGACAACAGAGAAAUUCAAGGCGUCUCGUGGUUGGUUCGAGAAAUUCAAGAAACGGGCCGGGAUACAUUCAGUUGUACGGCAUGGGGACCCCUCAAGUUCAGACACAAAGGCUGCCAACCAAUUUAUUAAGGAAUUUGAAAAUAUCCUGAACGAAGAAGGCUACGUAACACAACAGGUGUUCAACUGCGAUGAGACCGGACUUUUUUGGAAAAAAAUGCCUCGUCGAACAUAUAUCACCGCCGAAGAGAAGAAAAUGCCUGGACAUAAGCCUAUGAAGGAUCGGUUGACUCUUGCCCUGUGUGCCAACGCCAGCGGGGAUUGCAAAAUCAAGCCGUUAUUGGUUUACCAUUCAGAAAACCCUAGGGCAUUUAAGGCUCAUAAAGUCAAUAAGGACUUGCUGCAAGUUUUCUGGCGUGCUAAUGCUAAGGCUUGGGUUACUAGGCUCAUCUUUGUUGAAUGGGUUAAUCAAGUUUUUGGCCCCGCUGUCAAGAAGUACCUUCAAGAAAACAAUUUGCCUUUGAAGUGCUUGCUGUGUUUGGAUAAGGCCCCCGCUCACCCCCCAGGACUCGAAGAUGACAUCUUCGACGAGUUCAAGUUUAUCAAAGUGCUGUAUCUUCCACCGAACACCACCCCUAUCCUCCAGCCCAUGGGCCAGCAAGUCAUCUCUAAUUUUAAGAAGCUUUAUACCAAGUACUUGUUUAAGCAGUGCUUUGACGUCACGCAAAGUGCCAACUUGACUUUGCUUAAAUAUUGGAGGAGACAUUUUAAUAUUGUACACUGCUUGAAGAUCAUUGGUCAGGCUUGGGAGGGAGUGACUCGACUAACCCUUAAUUCUGCUUGGAAGAAGCUUUGGCCUGAUGCCGUUGCUCCUCGAGAUUUUGAAGGCUGUGAACCUGUGCCUCAUCCAGAGCCUGACGUGGAAGAGAUUGUAUCUAUUGGCAAGUCCAUGGGUCUGGAUGUCGAUGAAGACGACAUCACUGAACUCGUCGAGGAGCAUCAUGAAGAGCUCACCACCGAUGAACUCAAGGAGCUGGAGGCGAUGCAGAAGUCUCAGAUCCACGCGCAGUUGAGUGAGACGGAGGAGGACGUCGAGGAUGUCAUAAGUACGGCUGAGAUCAAGCGGAUGUUAGGAUAUCAUCAACAGGUGGUGGACUUCGUUGAGAAGCAUCACCCACAAAAACUUCAGGGCAACGGCGGGGAGAGUUACUGCCACUACGGCUCAAUAGCUCCGUGUGUGCGCGAGUGCGCGCGUUUCGCUCUCUUUUCUCCUGGCCCUCACCAAGAAAAGAGGCCUUGUCUGGUUCCAUUAGCGAUUAAAGCUGUUGCAGCAGCACCACUCAGGCAGGCUUACUCGAGGACAGCGCUGAUAAGGCAGAGGCACGUUCAGCAGCAGUUAGGAGGGGGUUAG